AUGAAGGAUGCCGCAAGUGGCGGAGCCAUGUUUAAUAAGACCCCAACCGAGGUUAGAGCUCUAAUUAGCACUAUGGCCGAAAACUCCCAACACUUUAGUGUUAGGAGUGACAUGAGAAGAGAGCCACAAAAGGCGAACGUGGUCAAUGUUUCUAGUAUUGAAAGUCGCUUAUUUGAUCUUACUAACAUGGUUAAGCAGCUUGUAGUAGGAAAAGAGCAGGUGAAAGCUUGUGGUAUCUGUUUAGGAAUGGGCCAUCCAACCGAUGCGUGCCCGCAACUUCAAGAAGAUGUGUUUGUGAUGGCCGGAGACCUGAACGCGGUAGGAGGUUUCCAAGGUCAGCCACAACAACAAAGUGGCUCAGGUAUGUCCCUUGAAGACAUUGUUAAAAAUCUAGCCACUAACACUCUUCAAUUCCAACAGAAAACGGAGGCUAGUAUUCAAAAUUUGGGAGCUCAAAUGACACAGCUUGCAACUGCUGUGAGCCGAUUGGAAUCUCGAGGGAAACUGCCCUCCCAAACGGAAACACCUUCGAAGUUGAAUGUGAGUAUGAUGACCUUGAAGAGUGAGAAGAAAGCUGGUAGAGCAAGAAUGAGAAAUGUUAUUGAAGAGGAGACGUCCGAAUUUGCCAUUCCACCACCGUUUCCUGAAAGGUUUAGACAACUAAAGAAGGAGUACAAGUUGGAAGCGACUCCCGAGAAGAUUGAAGACAUAUCUCAAACAGUUCAAGAAGCAGAUGGUGAUGAUGAGCAAGAAGCCAUUGCGGAGAAAGAAGAGAAAGUUGUUGAAGUAGAAGACACCUUAAGGGUCGUGCGACCAAAGCUACCAUCUAAAUGCGAGGAUCCAGGUGAGUUUUCUAUUCCAUGUAAGAUAGGCGAUUUUGGCAUUGACAAGGCCAUCUUAGACUUAGGCUCRACURUAAACAUCAKGYCAUUGUCGAUUUUUAACUGUUUGAAUAUCGGUCCCUUGAAAGUGACCAAUUCACUUAUCCGAUUACCGGAUGACCAUGAUGUACCCCCUAAAGGGAUGGUAGAGGAUGUUUUGAUUCAAGUGAAUGGAUUAGUGUUCCUUGUAGACUUUUAUGUGCUUGACAUAGGAGCGGGUAGCCCCGCUAUUUAUGAUGAAAUUGUCUUAGGGAGACCAUUUAUGAACACAUCCAAAACCAUUAUUGAUUUAGAUGAAGAUACCGUUACUAUGGAGGUUGAGGAUAGAAAAGUUGCAUUUAUUGCUAAUUCUUUAAAUGAACACCUUAACGGUAUGCCCUAUGAGUAUUUUGCAGAUUUCCUUAAUCCUUCCGUGCCACAAGUGUUUGAACAAACCAAUCAUGAAGGAUAA